AGUCGGUUCAAAGAAAGGAGUCGGACAUGGCUAGUCCAGCGCGAAUCAAAAACACAGAGAUGAGAAUUCAGUCGUCCUUGUUGUUGGCGGACCGGUCAGCCGUGCCUUCGGCCAUAAAAACAAACCCCUGAAGCUUUAAUUAGCGGCACGACUCGUUAAUUUGCGCUGGUCGAUCGUGUUUAUUAGCCUACCGGCUCACACUUCACACGAGUCGGUAUCUGACUCGCUGCUAAACCGAUACUCGGUCAGCUCGGCUGCUCUCGGCUCACUCUCAGAAGGUCUUCCCUGGUUCUGUGUGAGGGAGAAGAGCAUGGCAGGCCUCUGGAGAUCUUACCAGGCGUUAAUGGCCAAACGUCCAUGGACUGUGCAAAUCAUAACAGCUGGCUCUCUGGUAGGGGUAGGUGAUGUUAUUUCCCAGCAGCUGAUUGAACGGCGUGGCUUGGCCAACCACAGCAUGAGACGUACCGCAAAGAUGAUGAGCAUUGGCUUCUUUUUCGUUGGCCCAGUUGUUGGUGGAUGGUACAAGGUACUGGACAGAAUUGUCACUGGGGGGACCAAAAGUGCUGCACUGAAGAAAAUGCUAGUUGACCAGGUGUGCUUCGCUCCAUGUUUUCUCUGCACCUUCCUAGGAAUCUCUGGAACUCUCAACGGGCUGAGUGUGGAAGAGAACGUGGCUAAGCUCAAGAGGGACUAUACGGAUGCCUUGAUCUCCAAUUAUUAUCUGUGGCCAGCUGUUCAGAUUGCCAAUUUUUAUUUCAUCCCACUUCACCACAGGUUAGCCGUUGUCCAGAUUGUGGCUGUCGUCUGGAAUUCCUACCUUUCCUGGAAAGCCAAUAAGCUGUAGUGACACUUCCCAUAGUCCCUCUCCUUAUAUCAUACAGUAAAGCAGGGCUCUGUUGGAAUUUGGCUCAGUCGAGCAUGAUUACCAUUAGAACAGAACCUCACUGUGUAAAGGGAGGAUAUUAUAGUUUGAAGACUCACAAGCUGUGAAUACAGAAAUUCAUUGCUUUCUGUUAGUUUUUUUUUUUUAAUAACCUGAGUAAUUGUGAUGCGAUAUUUUCAUUAAAUGAUCUUUAAACUCCUUAUACAGAGAUUACACAUUUUUAUAUACCUGAUAUUGAUGUAGAGUUCUUUACUCAGCUACUCUAACUUUUUCCACUUUUCUAGUGCAGACUUGAACAAAACCACUUGAACAGGCAUUUACAGUGUAAUUUGUGGUAACUGAUUUUUUACACUACCAUUCCAGUGUUAUUUAAAUACCAUGAGAAGGUUUGCUAGUGUUCACCUCUCAUGAACUUUACUCAUGUUCUGCUGAGAUCACCAUUAAACACUAAAUAAUGAAUGUUGCUCACUUGUAGAUUUUUAUAAAGUUUUCCCAACAUAUUACCUCAAGUGAGCAUGAUAAGUGGAAUUUUUUAAAUCCUAUGCACUCUGAGUCUCAAUAUCAGCAUUUUUGUGAUAAAUAAAAAAAUAUACAAAUCAA